GAUCGUUUUUCGAGUCUAAGCUCUUCAUCUCUCUCUCUCGUUCUUGCCGUGCUUCAAAAAACUAGUUUUCUGUGUGCGAAUCGUCGAGUACUCUUCUGAUCUCUUGCGAGAAAGAUGUCAGGAAAAGGCGCGAAAGGUUUUAUUACAGGUAAAUCCUCAGCCCUGGGUGAGAAUAAAGACAAAGACAAGAAGAAACCCGUCUCUCGUUCUUCUCGAGCUGGAUUGCAGUUUCCAGUUGGUCGUAUCCAUCGUCUCCUGAAGUCAAGGAUUACAGCAAAUGGAAGGGUAGGGGCAACAGCUGCUGUGUACUGUGCAGCUAUUUUGGAGUAUCUUACGGCAGAAGUGUUGGAAUUGGCAGGCAAUGCCAGCAAGGAUCUGAAAGUUAAACGUAUAACACCAAGGCAUUUGCAACUUGCCAUCAGAGGAGACGAAGAACUUGAUACUCUGAUCAAAGGAACCAUAGCUGGUGGAGGUGUGAUUCCGCACAUUCACAAAUCUUUGAUCAACAAGUCCUCCAAGGACUAGCAUGACUUAUGCUCUCAUGUUAUGGAUAAUGAAUGAGAAUCAUUGAGAAGGCCUUGUACGUAUUUUGGUUGUGUACAUUGAAGAUUUUCCAUGGUUUAUGGAUUGAGGCUACCCUGAAUGCUGCUCAUCAUCUUUUUGCUUUAAUCUUGGUUAUAUUCUUAGUUUUUGUUAGACAGAUAGGAUUUGUUAAUCCAUGGUUUAUGGAUUUGUUAGACAGAUAGGAUUUGUUAGACAGAUAGUUUUUGUUAGACAGAUAGGAUUUGUUAAUCCAUGGUUUAUGGAUUGUGCAAUUUUUUUUUGCUGGGCA